AUGAAUUACAUCUGUAUGGGCGUCGCCACGAGUUAUGGAGUUGGCCGACAUGCCUAUUGCCUCACCACGAACAAUCUGGUCUCCGCUGCCAAGUGGAACUUCACUGCUGACCCUUUUGGCAUUAUGGCAGUCGUGGUUCCGAAGCUAGCUGUUGUUGCUCUGCUGAAUUCGCUAGUCAGUGCGUUCAAAAAGAAAGGAAUAUAUUUUCUUUGGUUUUGUGUGAUCAGCAAUAUCAUUUUCUCGAUUGUUGCCGCCAUUGUUCUGUUUGCACAAUGCGAUCCGCCGUCCUCGCUUUGGAACGUAGCAAUACCGCACAAAUGUUGGAAGCCGAGGAUUGUUGCAGAUUACUCGAUGUUUUGUGGCGCAUGGUCUGCAUUCAACGACUUGAUAUUGGCCUUGUAUCCAAUUUCUCUAUUCUACAAUUUGCAGAUGGCGCUCUGGAAAAGAAUAGCAGUGUGUGGACUUCUUGGACUGGGUGUUUUUGAUCCGGACAGAGAAGCUUGCAGCUCUCCAAAAUUAUUCAGAUGUGACUUGGGCUUUAUCAGAAACUCUGAUCUGGGCGGGGCGGGUGCCGAAGCAAACGUCAUUAUCAUUUGUGCCUGCGUUCCUACGCUCGUACCACUCGUACGACAGAUCACAGGUCGCAGGGAUUAUAUCCUUGAACGAACUCGUGGUACAUCUCAACGGACUCUCAAGAACGAGGUCUCACUACGAGACAUGAAUACGAAUACAAUUGAAAGCGGGAAUGACAGCCAAUCGAAGUUCAACGGCUUUGACCCCAUCAACGAGAAUCGCUCCACGAAUGGCUCUUCUUCUCGUGAAGAUGCUGCUGGCAAAUGGCAUCCACUAUGA